AAAUUCUUAAAUGAUAAUUUUCCAAAAUCCGCUGAAGGUCGAGUUUUUCAUAUUGGGCUUAAACCAGGCGAAAUUGCAAAUAGAAUAAUAGCUGUGGGUGAUUUGAGUAGAGCAAAAUUAUUUUUAAGGUGGUUGGACGCUGACACACCGAUAUUUAAACUAAAAAGUCGUCGAGGGUUUUUAACAAUCACCGGAAAGUAUAAGGGAGUUCCUGUUAGCAUUGCUGGAAUUAGGAUGGGUUUACCAAUGAUGGACUUUUUUGUUCGUGAAGCCAGAUCGAUAAUAGAUGGUCCCAUGAUUAUAAUAAGGCUUGAAACAUGUGGUGCUAUCGGUAAGGCUACUGGUGGCGAUGUAAUCAUAGCAGAAGGUUCUUUUUUGGUCACAAGGAAUUAUGAUUAUCUAACCUUUGAAAGUAAGGAGACUAUAAUUCAAGAUUGUGAAAGAAAUAAUCAAGACUAUGAAAUAAGAAUGAAAGAACAGCCGUACAGCAUAUCCGAAGUAAUCUAUGAUGACAAAGACAUUUGCAAUUUGAUUCGAAAACAAUUAAUAAAUUCAGGAAUCUCCAAUAGCCAAGUAUUUCAAGGUUUAAAUGAGACAACCGAUAGUUUUUAUUCUUCGCAAGGUAGACUUGACGAAAAUUUUGUGGAUUAUAAUAAAGAACUGAUCAAAUCUAUUUGUAUUAAAUAUCCGGAAGUGGGUUCAUUGGAAAUGGAAACUUUCAUGCUUUAUUUUUUAGCAAAAUGUAGCACUGACGCUCCAUACCGUUCUCAUCGCAAAGUUAGCAAUGAACUAAAAAAGGAACAAAAGACAAAAACCUGGGUCGAUCCUGAUAGGGCGAGUUAUUUAGAAAGGAUUGUUGGAGAAGCCGUUUUGAAAGCUUUGAUAGAGGUUAAAUUAGAUGAAGAGCAUAUUGGUGAUAA